GCAGCGGGAGCAGCUGCAGGCCCUGCGCCAGGCAGCCUUUGAGCCAGAGGGGGAGUCCCUGGGUGCUGCGAUGAGUGCCGACCGCCGCCGUUCCCUCUGUGCCCGUGAGUUCCGCAAACUGGGCUUCUCGAACAGCAACCCAGCACAGGACCUAGAGCGCGUGCCCCCUGGCCUGCUGGCCCUGGACAACAUGCUCUACUUCUCCAGACACGCACCCAGUGCCUACAGCCGGGUCAGUGAUGGGCUGGGUGGGGCAGGGCAGGGUCCCCGCCUAGGCAGGCCCCCAUGGCCUAGCCAUGACUCCCUGCCCCAUUCCCCACCCCAGUUUGUGUUGGAGAACAGCAGCCGUGAGGACAAGCAUGAGUGUCCCUUUGCCCGCAGCAGCAUCCAGCUGACCGUACUGCUGUGCGAGCUGCUCCACGUUGGGGAGCCCUGCUCCGAGACGGCCCAGGACUUUACACCCAUGUUCUUCGGCCAAGACCAAAGCUUCCACGAGCUCUUCUGUGUGGGCAUCCAGCUGCUGAAUAAGACCUGGAAGGAGAUGCGGGCCACACAGGAGGACUUUGACAAGGUCAUGCAGGUGGUACGGGAGCAGCUGGCCCGCACGCUGGCCCUGAAGCCCACCUCCCUGGAGCUCUUCCGAACCAAGGUGAAUGCGCUCACCUAUGGGGAGGUGCUGCGGCUGCGGCAGACGGAGCGGCUGCACCAGGAAGGCACGCUGGCCCCUCCUAUACUGGAGCUUCGGGAGAAGCUGAAGCCAGAGCUCAUGGGUCUGAUACGCCAGCAACGUCUGCUUCGCCUCUGCGAGGGGACACUCUUCCGCAAGAUCAGCAGCCGGCGACGCCAGGACAAGCUGUGGUUCUGCUGCUUGUCCCCCAACCACAAGGUGCUGCAGUAUGGGGAUGUGGAGGAGGGCGCGAGUCCACCGCCCACCGAGAGCCUGCCUGAGCAGCUCCCUGUGGCCAACAUCCGGGCGCUCCUGACAGGCAGGGACUGCCCUCACGUCCGGGAGAAAGGCUCCGGGAAGCAGAACAAGGACCUCUGUGAGUUAGCUUUCUCAGUCAGCUAUGACCAUGGGGAGCAGGAGGCACACCUCAACUUCAUCGCCCCCUCCAAGCGGGAGUUCCACCUGUGGACAGAUGGGCUGAGUGCCCUGCUGGGCAGCCCCAUGGGCAGUGAGCAGACACGGCUGGAUCUCGAGCUGCUGCUGACCAUGGAGACCAAGCUGCGGUUGUUGGAGCUGGAGAACGUGCCCAUCCCUGAGCAGCCGCCCCCCGUGCCCCCACCCCCCACCAACUUCAACUUCUGCUACGACUGCAGCAUCAUUGAACCUUGACGGGGCCUCGGAGUAUGGGAAGUGGAGAAGCACAGACACCCCUACCCAGCAGAGAUUGCAGCAGAAAUAAAGCUGGCUUGGCUCUUGAGUCUGUGUGUCGAGCCAGCUCUGAACCUUGUGGGCCAAGCCUGCCUUAGUGACAGCCAGUCUUCUCUUUCUGCCUUCACACUUAGCUGGUGAAUGAGAUGGGACAUCAGGCCAGGGCCACAGGGCCACAGCUUGGGGUACAACCUGGCAGUGACAGCUGGUGUUUUGCGGGGCAGUGGGAAGAGGCUAGUCUUGGCUGAGAGUCAACCCAGAGUGCACCGGCUUUGAGGCCACACGGGGCACCUGUAGGGCUCUCGGCCGGUCAGGAGGAAGACGGUGCCUCUGGUGUUUUCUCCACACUGUUCUGGGCUGGGCCUCUUCAGCUGAGCUGGGGGAGGUGCCCUUCAGUCUGAGAACUUAGGACAAGGAGGUAAGAUAUGGAAUUUUUAAUCUUGUUUGGGUUUACAACAAAGACUGACUUGGCUGCUAAAGCUCAGUGCUUGCAGGGGAUAAGGUGGGGCGCAGGCCUCAGGUUUGAGAAGAGGGCAGGGCAAGAGGCAGAGAGUCUGUUCCUCCCCAGCACCAGAUUCAGCCCACUUGGAGGCCUGGCCAAGUAAAGCAGGAGCUGUCCUUUCUAGGGGCC